ACGCCGGUGGGGAUGAUCUGGAUUAGUGCUGUUAGUCGAUGGAGAUGUCUGGAAUUUCGAGAAGGGAAUAGGUUUUCGCAGGCUACUGUUGUAUUACUCCUAACUUAUUUUCAAUUACUUUUUCUUCAUGUUUUUCUUCCAGUAGACUUUGUGCAAGUUGUAAAGUACCUUGGAUUUGUUUUCCUAUGAAGGUCUUCCAAUGAUUUUGAAGCUCUCACGAUUUUAUGUAUUCAUUUCAGCAUAAAAUACAGAGUUGCAAUGCACAUUUCAAUUCAUAAGUGUUUCUUUAAUUCCCUCCUCUGCAUACUGCAUUCAUAGUAUUCACAAAUUUAACUACCGAAUUCUUUGAUCAUCUUAUCAAUCUCAUAAAAUCAAUUGAUUCCAAUAAUCAAGGAAAACUAAACACAUUCAUCAAAUGAUCAAGAAUCAAGUUACAAUUUCUUUGUAAAUCAUGGCAAGCAAAUUAUUCAUUCAAUCGAGCAAAUCAACCUUAAUAAUCCCCAAUAUUCGAAAUUUCCCAACCUAUUCAGCUGCUCAUACUCGUCAAAUUCAUGCCCAUAUACUUAAAACUGGCCUUCUUAUAGAUAAUUUUAUCUCCUCAAAUCUAAUUUCUUCCUAUGUAAAUUACCGAUGCUUCAAUGAGGCGACCAUCAUUCUUGACAAUAUUGUUAAACCCAGUUCUUCAUCUUACAGAAUUAUCACCAAUGCUUUAUCGAAAUAUAAUCUUUAUCACAAUGUUCUUCAUCUGUUUAGUAAAAUGUUGAGGGAAGCUGUUUUUGAUGAUUGUUUUAUUUUGCCUGUUGUGGCAAAGGCUUGUGCUGGGAUUUCUGCAAUUAAAUUUGGUAGACAACUUCAUGGGUUUGCACAAGUCUCUGGGUGUUUUCUUGAUCAAGUUGUUCAAUCUUCUAUAGCUCAUAUGUAUGUUAAAUGUGGUCAGUUGAGUGUUGCACACAAAGUGUUCGACGGAAUUCCUGAACCAGAUGUUGUUACUUUUAGUGCUCUUAUUGCUGGCUAUGCUCGAACAGGCAAUGUAGGUAUAGUGGAAGGAUUGUUUUGUGACCUGGAAAAGUUGGGGUUGGAGCCAAACUUAGUGUGUUGGAAUGGUUUAAUAGCAGGGUUUAAUCAAAGUGGAAGGUAUAUUGAGGCUAUUCAUGUGUUCUUAGAUAUGCAUUUGAGAGGUUGUCAGCCUGAUGGAAGUAGUUUCUGUAGUGUGAUAGCUGCAAUUGCGGAUUUGCAGCUUUUAAAUGUGGGUAUUCAAGUUCAUAGUUAUGUGAUCAAAAUGGGCUUUACAACUAACAAAUGGGUUGUUAGUGCCUUAAUCGAUAUGUAUGGUCGGAGUGCUUGUGUCUCGAGAAUGAAACAGGUGUUUGAAGAGAUGGGUUGUAUGGAAAUAGGCUCGUGCAAUGCGUUAGUUUCUGCGCUUGCUCGAAAUGGUCUUGUCAAUGAUGCACUUGCAUUGUUUAGCCAAAUGAAAAAUGAAGGGGUGGACUUAAAUGUUGUUUCUUGGACAUCAAUAAUUAGCUGUUGUUCCCAAAAUGGGAAAGAUAUUGAGGCUUUAGAGCUUUUUAUUGAGAUGCAGCUUGCUGGUGUGAAGCCAAAUGCUGUUACCAUCCCUUGCGUGCUACCUGCUUGCGGCAAUAUUGCAGCAUUAAUGCGUGGCAAAGCAGCGCAUUGCUUUUCUAUCAGGAGAGGGAUAGUAAAUAAUGUUUUUGUUGGCAGUUCUCUCGUAGAUAUGUAUGCAAAAUGUGGCAAAAUAAGGGAUUCUUCGCUAUGUUUCUAUGCAAUGCCGACCAAAAACACAGUUUCUUGGAAUGCUAUAAUUGGUGGAUAUGCCAUGCAUGGACAUUAUAAGAAAGCCUUGGAGAUGUUUGAUUUGAUGAUCGCAAAUGGGCAUAGACCCAAUUCUGUGACAUAUAUUUGUUUGCUUUCUGCUUGUAAUCAGAAAGGUCUCGUCGAUGUGGGGUGGCGUUAUUUCAAUAGCAUGCAUAAAGAGUAUGGUGUUGAACCUAAAAUGGAGCAUUAUGCUUGCAUGGUGAGCCUCUUAAGUCGUAUAGGAAAACUCGAAGAAGCUUAUUCAUUGAUAAAAGAAAUGCCCUUUGAGCCCGAUGCUUGCGUGUGGGGAGCUCUACUAAGUUCUUGUCGGGUUUACAAGAAUUUACAGUUAGGGGAAAUAGCAGCCAAGAGGCUCUUCAAGUUGGAACCUAAAAAUCCCGGCAACUAUGUAAUUCUUUCGAAUAUCUAUGCUUCGAAGAACAUGUGGGCUGAUGUAGACAGGGUGAGGGGUUUAAUGAAGAAGAUAGGUUUGAAGAAAAACCCGGGGUGUAGUUGGAUUGAGAUCAAGAACAAAGUCCAUAUGCUUCUAGCCGGGGAUAAAGCACAUCCCCAGAUGGCUCAGAUACUCGAAAAGUUGGACGAAUUGGGAAUAGAGAUGAAGAAGGCUGGUUUGGAUCCUAAAAUUGAUUAUGUACUACAGGAUGUAGAGGAGCAGGACAAGGAACAGAUUUUGUGUGGACACAGCGAGAAGUUGGCUGUAGUUUUCGGUCUCCUAAAUACGCCUGCAGGGUUUCCUCUUCGGGUUAUUAAGAACCUUAGAAUAUGUGGUGAUUGCCAUGCAUUUAUAAAGUUUAUUUCCAGCAUUGAAGGGCGAGAAAUUUUAGUUAGAGACACGAAUCGAUUUCACCAUUUCGAAGAUGGAGAGUGUUCUUGUGGGGAUCAUUGGUGACUUUCAUUGCCAUGAUCUGGAUUCUUGACAAGAUGAUGCUUGAUGAUGAAAUCAUGUGGCAAAGGAUAUAUAAGGUUACGUAUUUGAUAUUUCGUCGAUGGCAUUACAAUUUCACACAAGUGCACAACUGUGUUGAGGAUUCAUUCUUAACAGACCAAAUCUAUCUGAUGACAAUAUUAAACCUGAAACUGAAACUAUUCGUACUACACACUGACAUCCGUUUGCUUUCCUCUAGUCCCCUCUGUGAAGAAAGUACGGGUAUGGAUUGUACGUCAUCUUUUCUCGCCCAGACUCUGCUUCCAAACGGGACAUUGUGGGAUUCGUGAAGAAAUUAUGGAUGCUUGGAUUGAAUAGCAUUAAGAAGAUGAGAUCGCGUAGCAUCAAACUGUCGUGCUCGAGUAUAACUUGCUCAUAUUGUUGGAUGAUCCCACAACAAACUCUGAUGUUGCAGCUGAGUACUGAGAUAUGAUUAACCUAAAAUGCCUUCUAUAAAGUUCCUAGAAUCUCAAAAACUGAUGUACAUUAUAGGGGUAAGUGGAUAACAUGUCCUAAAAACCGACUAUAUGGUACAACUCUUUCGGGUAUGAGUGACAUUUUGUUGCAUCUCUGAUAGGCUAACCCGUGGUAGUUGGUCUUUCGCUACAACAGGGACCGAUAAUAACAUCCGUUCCUGACUAUGUAACUCCGUUCUAGGAAAGCCUCGUGAUGGCGAGCUCAUUGAUAGUACUGUCUGUUUGGAGUGAAUAAGCUUCUCACCAGAAUCUUUGCUUGUCUUGUGAGGGUAACAUUGUUGUAUUGACAUUGUUGGCAACUAGUAGACUAUCAUGUUGGAUAUCCUUUCAUUAUCAUUAGUCUCAAAAGAAUCUCUCAUCUGAAACAACCUCUUCGUUAUUACUACGAAGGUUAGGUUGUGUAUAUCCGACCCCUCCUAAUUCCGCUUAUUAACAUUGGAGUGAUGGAAUGUUGAUGUUAUCUGAAUAUACAUGGUGCUUUCAAAUUCUAAAUAAACCAUCACUUUUUAAAUUAAACUUUCACAAUAUCGUCUAUGUAGGUUGGGAUUAACUUGUUUAUUUUAAUUCAGGGUAAGAUCGCUAUUAUCAUUAACAAUAAGUUUGUUAAAACUGCUAAUGAAAUUACAUUUAUUACGAAAGCUUUAUUUUGC